AUGAAGCCGAAGGAUGCGGCGACCUCCUUUUCGUGGCUUGAUUUCAGAAACGGAAAAGAAGCCGGAAAUAAGGAUGGAGAGCGUGAGCCGUUGCUGUGGCUGAAAUAUGCACACCUCGACUCAUACUUCAACGCCGGCCUGAAGGCGAUAGUCCCCUUCUCCGAACACAAGCCCGAGUUCCCCUUCCCAGCGGGCCAAGAGCGGCCAACAACAACAACAACGACAACGCUGAGGCUGAGUCCGAUGCCGCACCCGACGCCGUACGUGCCGCAGCCGGACUGCGAGUCGGCCGAGUACCUGGGCAAAAACCACGCGGUGAGGCGCUGCUACCUGGACGAGGAGCAAAAGGUGCCCGUGCCCGACACGCUGGCGUACGAGGGCGUGCCGCAGGGGCUGCCGGACCCGGCCAUCGGGUCGUACGACGUGCUGGGGCUGCGGAGCGACGUCUGCUUCGACCGGUUCGGACGGUACGGGCCGUACGGGCUCGGGUACGACGGCGCCGAGGGCGGCACCUCGGAGCGCACCGACACGGAGCGCGAGGGCAGCGAGGCCGUGUGGGCGCGCGCGGGCGGCGGCAAGCGAUCAUCCGAAGAGCCGGCCAGGGGAAGUGGAAGGGGCAAGAAGAUGCACCGCAUCGCCGUGGUGGUGCGUAUCUACGUCGGGUUCGAGUGGACGCAGCACGCGGUGCUCAACUUCCGCGCCAUGGUAUCGGAGCUGGCGCUCAGGUCUGGGGGCGAGUACACGAUGGACAUGCGGUACCUGGGCAACUACUACGAGCUCUUUGACCGGCUCGGCGGCUGGGCCCGCGCGCAGUCUCGCGCGAACCUGUGGGAGCGGUCGGCCAGGUACUACCUGCCGGCGGUGCACGGGACCUGGGCCAACUUUUCGGACCUGGUGGCCGAGACGACGCGAAAGGCGGGUACGCGGCCCACCAUGGGCCCCGUCUACUUCCCCGGCAGGCAGGCGAUCCGGGCCGAGGAGCGGGGCGAGAGCUUCCUGCCGGCCGACACGUGCGGGGGGACGGACAGCAGGGCAGGCGACGGGGUCGAGACGAUCCGGCACUCGGACGCGUGCGGGCGCGGCGAGGGGGCGGACCUGAUCACGCUCAACCUCAUCUUCGACGCCGAGGCGGGCGGGUGGGUGUUCGCGUCGGACGUGACGGGCUACGACCGGGCGUGGCCGACGCCGCCGCCGUGGUGCGCCAUCGUCACGGCCAGCCGGCUGUCGCGGCGGCUGCUCGGGGUGAUGCACGAGGAGACGUGGCGGAUGCGGCACAGCAUGUUCAGCGAGAUGUUCCCGGCCGCCAUGGCGCUGCACCACGGGCCCGAGGCCGCCUACGCGCCGCACCCCGUCUUCCUGGACCGCGGCUGGGACAUGGCCGCCGCCGACGCCGCCUUCGACGGCGGCUACGACGCCAGCACCAGCGGCCACGGCAGCCCCUUCGACCUCGGCAACGAGCACAACCACAAGGGCACCACGUGGUACUACAACAGCGAGUUCGCCGGCCUGCUCUGGCGCCGCUGGCUCGGCCACGCCCAGAUGGACGGCCGCGCGGGGGCCGGCACCCUGCGGGGAGGGCGGGCCGAGGAGGAGGCGCCGGGGUCGCCGGGGAGGCUGUGCCUGAGGAGCAUGCUGGUGCACUCUAUCAAGUGGGAGAAGCCGGAAUAGUUUGUAGUUUGUUUGUUUGUUUGUGUCCGUGAAAUACUAGUUGACUUGGACAGAUGCGUGAACUUGCAGGUGCGUGUGGGU